AUGGCCGCCUCUAAAUUCACAGUCCGAGCUCCUUGCUCGUCGGCCAACAUUGGUCCUGGCUUCGAUGUCAUCGGCCUCGCUCUGUCAAUGUAUCUCGAGCUCAAAGUCACCGUCGACCCCUCCGAAACCACCUCGCUCCCCCUCAACUGCCGCAUAACCUACGAGGGCGAGGGCGCCCCCGACGUCCCCCUUGACCCAGAGGUCAACCUCAUCACCAAAGUUGCCCUCUACGUCCUCCGCUGCCACGGCCAGCGCGUCUUCCCCAAGAACACCCACGUCCACGUCAUCAACCCCAUCCCACUCGGCCGCGGCCUCGGCUCCUCUGGCUCCGCCGUCGUCUCCGGCGUCGUCCUCGCCAAUGAGGCUGGCAAGCUCGGCCUCUCAAAGGCUCGCAUCCUCGAUUACUGCUUGAUGGUCGAGCGUCACCCCGAUAACAUCGCCGCGACCCUCUACGGUGGCUUUGUCGGUACCUACCUCAAUGAGCUCAAGCCCGCUGAUGUCGCGCGCCUUGAGAUCCCGGUCUCGGAAGUCCUCUCCAACACCGGCGGCGUGGAUACGGGCCUGAACCCCCCGGAGCCGCCAUUCAACAUUGGACAUUUCCAUAAGUUCAAGUGGGCGCCGGAAAUUAGGUGUAUUGUCGUGAUCCCGGAUUUCGAGGUCGCGACGGCGAAGGCGAGAGAGGUGCUGCCGACGAGCUAUACUAGACCUGAUAUCGUGUUUAACCUGCAGCGCGUGGCGCUCCUGCCUACGGCUCUGGGCGAGUCGCCACCAGACCCGGAGUUCAUCUACCUGUCGAUGCAGGAUAAGAUCCACCAGCCAUACCGCAAGACUUUGAUCCCAGGGUUGACGGAGAUUCUGUCGAGCAUAUCGCCCAAGUCGCACCCAGGUCUCUUGGGCACUUGCCUCAGCGGUGCUGGACCAACCAUUAUGACACUGGCGACUGACAACUUUGAGAGUAUCGCUGAUCAUCUGAUUUCGGAAUUCAAGAAGGAGGGCAUUACGUGCGCAUGGAAGCUGUUGGACCCGGCGCAGGAGGGGACGACUGUUACUUAUGACGCUUAA